AUGGAAGAAGCUAAAAAAUUGUAUUUGCAAGGUCUCCUUCAUCGAAAGCCAACUUCAGAGACCAGCUUGCAUAACUUUGUCAAAGAAAUUAGAAGCAUAGAACAAGACUGCCGCAACUGUUAUGAUGAAAAAUUCCAUCACUUGUCUAGUGACAAGUUUGUGGAAAUAAUGGUGGUUGAUGGUUGCUUUGUUAUUGAACUGUUCCGCAAGUUUUCAGGAGAGCUUCCUUGGAGAGUUUUUAACUGUUUGCUUCACCUCACCUCCGAAGCUGAUAAGUUUCCUCUUCCUAAGCUUACUCUAAAGUACUUUGAGGGGUACACAAUGGGGACAUAUCCACAGGCUAAUGCAGCAUUAGAAAAUAAACAUUUGCUGGACUUUUUAGGUAAUUGUUUACAAGGAUCUUCUGAUGAAUCUGCAGAGUUUGAGAACUAUAGCCAGAGGCGCCCCUCGAUUCCCUCUGGGACAGAGCUUGAUUAUUUUGGUAUUCGGUUUAAGCUUGGAGGCAGUAAUGACGUGUGCAAUGGAACAUUCAGGAAUGGAUUUCUGACGAUUCCACCAUUAUCAGUUCAAGAGAAUGGAGAAUCUCUCUUUAGAAACCUCAAGCCUAUGAACAGUUGGAACCGAGUAAUAAGAGUAAAUUGA